CAUUAUGUGUGUUAUUGAAUAAUAAUUUUUUAAGUUGUAUAGGAAAAGUGACACAAACAGUGAUAUCUAACCUAAAUAGGACAGUCGGGCUAAUACAAUGAGACAACGAGGAGGUCGGCUAACAGUACUAUUUACACCACUGGACGGUUGGGGUCAUAUCAAUGCUAACCACGGCUUUGCCGAAGCGCUCAGAGAUCGCGGCCAUCGGGUUGUGUUUGCCGUCGACGCCAAGUUUGAGGGCAAACUGAAACCGUUUGGCUUCGAGGAAGAGAUUCAUAGACCGAAACCGAAAGCCAGUGAUACCGAAGCUAUUGAAAACGGUGGUCCAGUAGUUGUUGAUAUUUAUGCUGAAUUGGUGCGCAAAUAUGCCGAUGUAUUUAAGUUGACGCCCAUUGAAAUUAUCGACCGGUUUGUUGCGACAGCUUUUGGCAGUAUGUUGGACACCAGUCGGGAACGGGAGGAACAGUACAGACAGAUUAUUGCCAAAGUUAAUCCCGAUGUUAUUGUUGUUGACUCGUAUAUCGGUUCGCCAACAUUGACCCAUUCGGGCAAACCAUGGGUAUGGUUAUACUCGGCAGCGCCGCACCUGUGCGUCAACAGUAGCAAAGUGCCACCCGGUUGGUCAGGUUUGCCACUAAAUGGCAAUCGAGAGGAGUGGACUCAGUUUAAGCAACAAUUUGAUUCAAUUUUUACUGAUUUAUACAACCGUACAAACAAAUGGUAUAAAUUUAAGGUCAAACCAUCACUGGACGAACAGCACAUGGCUUUCCUACAUCCCGUUUCUCCCUAUCUUAAUAUAUAUAUGUAUCCCAAGGAACUGGAUUAUGAGGAAACACAUCCUUUGCCUGAAAAGUUUCGUCGAGUCGACGGUUUUGUUCGUACAACUGACGAUACUUUUGAAAUACCGGAGCAAUUGGUGGACAAACCGGGAAAAUUGAUAUUCCUAUCGAUGGGUUCGUUCGGUUGCGCCAAUAUGGAGCUCAUGACCCGUAUUACCGGCAUUUUGGCCAAGUCUGAGCACCGGUAUAUCGUAUCGAAAGGACCGCUGCACGACAAGUAUGAACUGCCGGACAAUAUGUGGGGCUCGCAGUUUCUGCCGCAGACUGCAGUACUACCGCUGGUUGAUCUGGUCAUUACUCACGGCGGCAACAAUACAGUUACCGAAACUUUUUUUUACGGCAAACCAAUGUUAGUGUUGCCACUGUUUGGCGAUCAGUUUGAUAACGCCCAGCGACUCGAGGAAACGGGUCUCGGAUUACGUCUGAAUCCAUUCAACUGUACGGAUGAAGAGCUGUUGUCGGCGGUCGACCAGUUGGUAAACGACUCGGUAUUGUCCGAAACAAUGGCAUCUAUUGGGGAAAGAAUCAGAAAAUCCAACGACAAGGAAAUGGUGGCUAAACUUAUUGAACAAAUUGCUAUUAAUAAAUAA